UAUUGUGGUGCGAAGGUUGGCCUUAGACACAGAGACAGAGAGAGACAAGAGACACAGGCGGAGAAAUCUGUUUCUGAAACCGAACAUCCUCAAUGAGGGUUUACAAAAGCGGUUGUUCUCUCUCUCACUUCUCUGUCUUCUCCCUUUCCCUACAGCUUUCUCUCUCUAGAAACCGCAUUAGCCUCAUUUUACUUCUGUUUUUGUGACAAAUUGGCUUUCUGCUGGUUGUGUUAAGAGAUAGAGCUUUUUUGCAAGCUUGUGGUUUUGAGAUAUCUAAGCAGGCCCAUUGCGCGACAUUUACAUAACGACCGGAUUGGAAGGGUUCGUGGGAAGGACUUCGUUAAUUGAUUCUCAAGCUAGUUUUAUUUUUUCUUCCUUUCAUUUGAGCCAGAGUAUUUAAUAUUAAGGCGGAGGUUCGAGUUUGAUGGGAAAGAUGGACAGCAUCAGUGAGGGAUCUCCCCUAGGUUCGGAGAAAAUUGUUCCAGUGGCUCCUCCAUUGCCUGGUCCAACAACUAGCAGUUACUAUCAGAAGGAGUUAAUGAUGAAUGGAUCAAAUUUAAGCGGAUACAGCUGUGUCUCUACAGCAACAAUAGAUUUGUGGGAGCGCCUCUUUGAUGAAGGUUAUAGAGCUGAUGUUACUAUUGAUACCGAAAAUGGUGGCAUCAUCUAUGCACAUACUAAUAUUCUUGGCAUGGCUUCUCCUGUUAUGAAAGGCAUGUUAAAAAAAAUGAAAGGGCAUGGUAGGCAGCAAUCAAUUUCAAUCCGUGGUAUUCCAAAUGAUGCAGUGCGAGUUUUCAUUCGAUUCUUGUACUCUUCCUGUUAUGAGAAAGAAGAAAUGGAGGAAUUUGUCUUGCAUCUGUUGGUGCUGUCACAUGCAUUCGUGGUUCCCCAGUUGAAACAAGAGUGUGUGCGACAACUAGAGCAGGGUUUGCUUACCAUGGAGAAUGUAAUUGACAUCUUUCAACUUGCAUUAUUGUGUGAUGCCCCUCGGCUUGGCUUCAUUUGUCACCGUAUGAUUAUGAGGAACUUUAUAGCUAUUUCUGCUACUGAGGGAUGGCAAGCAAUGAAGCAAAGCCACCCAUUUCUAGAAAAGGAACUUUUGGAGUCUCUAAUAUAUGAAGAAAACAGGCAAAAGGAGAGAAUCAGAAAACUAAAUGAGAGGAGGAUUUAUUUGCAAUUAUACGAGGCAAUGGAGGCUCUUGUUCACAUAUGCAGAGAUGGUUGUCAGACAAUUGGCCCGCAUGAUAAGGACUUCAAAGGAAACCAGGUGCCUUGUCGUUAUGCAGCCUGCAAGGGACUAGAAUUGCUAGUCCGCCAUUUUGCUGGUUGUAAGCUGAGAGUCCCCGGUGGCUGCAUUCACUGCAAGAGAAUGUGGCAGCUAUUGGAGUUGCACUCCAGGCUUUGUACUAAUUCUAAUGUCUGUGGGGUGCCUUUGUGCAGGAACUUCAAGGAAAGAAUUAGGAGACAGAGCAAGAAAGAAGAGAUUAAGUGGACUCUACUAGUGGAAAAAAUAUUGAGAACAAAGACCAUCACCGGUGCUCCGUUCUUUUCAUGGUAAAUUGCCUGCUCUACGUGACAACAAAGUCUGCUUCUCCUAGAACCAGCUUUCUAAAAUGUAAUCUUUGUAUUUUCCUCUUUUUUGGAAAAACCAUUAGCCCGCAAGUUGGGGUGUUUCUAUGUAUCUCUAUGUGGAAUCACAAAGCAGAAUAACUUCCUUCCAAACACCCUUAUAUUCGUCACUCCUAAUGAAAAUGAGUUCUGACCA